CCGGGGGCGGGGCGGCCGGGGCGGCGGCCGGGGGCGCCCGCUCCUCCCCCUGCGGGCGGCCGGGCUGGCGGGGCCGAGCCCCCUGCGCGCGGCACAUGGGGAGCCUGACGGAGGCGGUGGCCGCGGACGGCGGCGCUUCAGCGGCGCGCUCGGCGGGGCCCCCUCCCACUCCCCUUCCCCUGUCUUCCACCUCCCUCGGGUGCACGGCUACCAUGGCGUCCAGCGAGGAGGACGGCACCAACGGCGGCGCCUCGGAAGCGGGCGAGGAGAAGGCGGCCACCGGCAAGAGGAGGCGCCUCGGCUUGUUGGCCACUGUCUGGCUCACCUCCUACAACAUCGCCAUGACCGCGGGGUGGUUGGUUUUAGCUAUUGCCAUGGUACGUUUUUAUAUGGAAAAAGGAACACACAAAGGUUUAUAUAAAAGUAUUCAGAAGACACUUAAAUUUUUCCAGACAUUUGCCUUGCUUGAGAUAGUCCACUGUUUAAUUGGAAUUGUACCUACUUCUGUGAUUGUGGCUGGGGUCCAAGUGAGUUCAAGAAUCUUUAUGGUGUGGCUCAUUACUCACAGUAUAAAACCAAUCCAGAAUGAGGAGAGCGUGGUGCUUUUUCUGGUCGUGUGGACUGUGACAGAGAUCACUCGCUAUUCCUUCUACACAUUCAGUCUUCUCGACCACUUGCCAUACUUCAUUAAAUGGGCCAGAUAUAAUUUUUUUAUCAUCUUAUAUCCCGUCGGAGUUGUUGGUGAACUUCUUACAAUAUAUGCUGCCUUACCAUAUGUGAAGAAGACGGGCAUGUUUUCGAUAAGACUUCCUAAUAAAUACAAUGUCUCUUUUGACUACUACUAUUUUCUUCUUAUAACCAUGGCCUCAUAUAUACCAUUGUUCCCACAACUGUAUUUUCAUAUGUUACGCCAAAGAAGAAAGGUGCUUCACGGAGAGGUGAUUGUAGAAAAGGAUGAUUAAAUGAUGCCCGUUAACAAGAGAGAAAGAAUGUGUGUGUGAGUCGGGGGAGGGGUGGAGGGAGAGGGAGAGAGAAUCCCAAGAAGACUCUCCGCGCGGCACAGAGCCAGAUGCAGGGCUCAAUCUCCCGACCCUGAGAUCAUGACCUGAGCCGAAAUCAAGAGUCAGUCGCUUAAUGGACUGAGCCACCCAGGAGCCCCAUGAAGGCCCUUAAAUCAUCUUGCCUGCUCCGUAAGGCCCUCCCACUGUCUGAGGGCAAGCAGCCUUGAACUACAAUUACAAGAUCCCUAGAGAAAUUCCUGACCUUUGGAGCAGGGACAGCAAUCUCUCAUCUGACCUACCAACUGACUGAUGGUAAUCACAUCGACUCUUUGAACCGUAAGAGGUACAGUGACUAAACUUUGGCAUGUGAAUGCAUCCCAUGGCCUUAAACUCUCAGACACCCCCUUCCUUGGCUUGAGCUUUGUGCUAGAAAACUCACCUAUGUCUGCCGAGCACCCACCUGCUCUCAUUAGCCCCAGAGUGGUCAACCACUGAUGCUCCUUCUUCCGUAGGAUACUGGGUAGGAUAUUUUCAAAUGUUGACAUGUUAAUUUGACACCAAAAUUACGAGUUUUUGAUGAGGUGGAAAAAAAAAUCUAAACGGGAAGAAGAGUGAUGACAGAUGAGAAAACAGAACAGUUUUCAUUGAAGGAGAGAGACUAGCAUCAGGAUUAUCUGCAGGGGAGCUACAAAGUUCUACCUUGGAAUUUUGGCCCGACCGAGCUCCAACUUCCCAGCGAAUUCUUUGCUAAAACUAAUGAGAAAUCCUCACACUGAAAGUCAGGAGGUAGUAAAGGUGGCUACUCUAACCAAUAUAUUCAAAGUGUCCGCAGGUUACUGUCAAGCCAAAAAUGGGUUGGUGUGCUACUCGCCGCCAGCAGUGACUCGGGGACCCGGGCUCCCCCUAGCUCACUGUUCCACGCAUCACAUAUGGCUUUCCCGGGUGCCUGUGCCUGUCUGUCUCUAUCGAGCUCGUGGAGCCACGGAGAAACACAGAGUCACAUGUGGGACGUUUUUAUGGCCCAGAUGUGGCAGUGACUGCUGUUCCAUUAGUCCCAUAGUCAGAGCCAAUUGUGAAGGACGCUGGUGCCCAAAGAGAAGAGGAGACAAGUCGUUGAGGAACUUUCUUAUUUCUCAAAGGAAAAUUUGCUUUCACUGUAAGGUUUCUAUGGACCUAUUUACAAAGGGUCCCCAUUUUUAUUUUUAAAACAUAUUCUUUAAAAAUCAAAGAAAAUUGGGAGGAAACAGCCCAUAAGUCCACUCUAUAAUUUCAUAUAUUUGUAAUCACAAAAUUUUUUUCCUGAUCUCAUUUUUAGAUCUAUGCAUAGCGAUUAUUAUUAUCAUUUAAAAUAGUGAUAUCGUACUUCAUGGGACUGAUUACUUACAUCUUUUACCCUUUUUGGAUAUUAAUCUGACUCUAGACUUUUCCUUUUCCACCACUUUAAGUAAGGCUGAAGUGAGCAACUUCUAGCAGAUAAUAUUUUCAUCUAUUACAGUGUUUUUUUAUAAUUAUAUGAUUGUGUUAUUGUAAAAAUAAUUCUGAAGUGAACACAUUUCAGCAGAUACUUUUUGCUUCUAUUGAACUCUUUCCUUAGAAUAAAUAUUGAUCAGCUGCAUUACUGGGUUCAAUGGUAUGACUGUUUUAAUAAUUCUGGAUGCAGUUUUUUAUCAUGUUACUUUUCCAGAAGUAUAUACUUCUGGAAUAUUAUUCAGCGCUAUUAAUGUUACCCUUUUAUUCUGACCUCACCAACAUUUAUAAAAUGUUUUCUCAAACUAAUUCUGGUACUUCAGAACUGUCUUAAUGUUGAUUCCUAAGAGGCACAUUUUUGUGUCUGUGAGAUUCAUGAUGUUUUCCUGAUACAUCUGAAAGAGCUGUUUAUCUGGUAGAGAUACUUAUCUUUUGUCUGUUAGUUUGAAUUGCAAUUUCUUUUCCUCUCCAUUGUGUCUUGUGAUUAUAGAUUUCCCACACCCCCUCCCCAGGGGACACAAGGACUUGGGUGGACACAAACUUUACAUUUUCCUUUGUGAUGUUUUUAUUAUUUGAGACCAUAGAAAUCCAUAUAGAGUAGGAUCUGUUUGGGGCUUUGUGUUUUUUUUCCUAAUUUUUUAUUGUUAUGUUAAUCACCAUACAUUACAUCAUUAGUUUUUGAUGUAGUGUUCCAUGAUUCAUUGUUUGUGCAUAACACCCAGUGCUCCAUGCAGAACGUGCCCGCUUUAAUACCCAUCACCAGGCUAACCCAUCCUCCCACCCCCCUCCCCUCUAGAACCCUCAGGUUGUUGGGGCUUUGUUUUAUUCCAUUGGUCUGCAUGUUUAUUUUUGUGGAAAUUCAGCACAGUAGGUAAUUGAAAGGUAAUCAGAGGUAGGGUAUGGGUCAUAGGAUGAAGGAAGAAAUUGACCACUUAAUUUUUUGCAUUCAAUUUUCUUAUUGGGUUGAUUGUCAAAGAACAGAGGAGUGUGUAGGAGUGUCUGUGUGUCCUGUGACAGGAAAAAGGGGAGGUAAGGAAGGACAAAGGGAAGAAGUGAUGAGACAUUGUGGGGUUUGGGACAGAUGGAGUAGCUGGUAAAUUGUUUGGGGUUCAUGCAACCAUGAUUGUACAUUUCCAUAUUGACUUCAUGGAUUCCAAGCAGCUUCUGAAUGGUCAUACUUUGUAUUUGAUUCUUAAUAUCUGAUUUAAACAAGGUUUCAAAAUGAAUCAUUCACAGCAAUGAACUAAAUUCAAAUUCUCAUAUUUUUUCCUAAAACAAAUCUAGCCAACAACCUAGAGAGGUAUUAAAAUUAAAACCCAAAAAGGCUAUCAGGAUGGUAGCCAUGCAAUGUUUAAUAAAAUAGUUUUGUUUUUCAAGAAACAUGGAAUAAAUGACUUUUAAAAUAAACACUGAAAAAAUUGUGUGCAGAAUUCAUUAUUCCUUAUGCUGAAAGACAAAAAAGAAUUACUUCAAGUGAAAAGAAAUUUAUAGUUCAGUUAUGAGAAUGCAUUGUGAAGUAGAAUUGUAGCUGCUUGAGAGUUAUUUGCAUUUAUAAUGAAGGGAAUUUGGAAGUAAAGCACCAUGGACUUGAUCUACUCAAUGUUGUGAUCAUUCUUAACACUCUCCAGAUUUCUUGAUAAUAUAAAACUUGAUUGCAGCAGAAUUAUUGGAAGUAUAUGGAAUCUGGACAGAGUCCAGAAUCUAGUAGAGUCUGGAAAAACAAAGAAAUCCUUUCGUAUGGUGAAUAUAUAUAGGCAUGAUACAAACAACCCUUCAUCUAUUUAUUCUAGUUCAUGGUCUGAUCAUAUCCCCUGCCAAAGCUUUUCUGGGAAGCUGUAAGGAGAAAAUGAUUUGUUGGCCUAGCUUCCGACUUGACUUCAUGCCUCUGUGGGGGAUCACUUUACAUUUCCUUAAUUGCUGGGACAGCUUGUAUGGUUGGCAGUUGUUUGAAUUGAGAAAUAGAUUUUAAUGAACUACAGUUUCUUUUGCUCAGCUGGAAUUGAAGUAGUCAUAGACUAAAUUAACAGCCAUGGUCAAAGCUAAGAUAACAGCUGUGUCACAGAAAAGGAAAGGUAAGGUUUUGCACUACUAUAUUAGGAU